CCAGACGUGGUAGACAUCGUCGUUUCCGAACCGAAGUGCAUGCUCGAUCCCUGGUCCAAGCAGAUGCUCGAGAGCGGGACUCCUGGCUCGGAUGAGUUCAGACACCGAUUGGAGCUUCAUGCCGAAAUGGCCGAGACGAACAUCAGCCCCGUCGAAGGCGGACAUGCUCAUGUACAUAGGUUCGUGAAGAGCCGCGUCCAGACGCACCCCAUUGACAUGCCGCAGCUCAGCGCCCAGUGGAGCGGCUACCACAUCAGGAGCAAUGGUGAUUUCGGCGAAGACGUGCGAGGUCGAGCUGCUGGCGAGCCGCGUGAUGCAGGUCAUGGGCGAUGCGACGGCGACGGCCAGCACGACGACGUAGAUGAUGCGGUAAAGAAGAAAGGCGGGGGUCCAUGGCGAGCUUACCUUCGAAUCGCCCAUACCAACGAUCUCCGAGAAGCUGCCGUGGCGUAUAAUGCGCUUCCUCGCGACUCGGAGCUGUACCUCAGAUGUUUGGCCGAGGGGCGGGAGGCAACGGAGAAUCAAGGCAUGCAGGACAACGAGACGCUGGUCUCCGACAUCGUGCACGAGUACCCUGCCAUGAACGUGGUGAAGCCGCACCUCUGCGCCACACCUUUGGCUCCAGAAUUGAACGCGGUGGUCCUGCAAGGUUCCGCCACGGCUAUGCGGGCCGCAGAUGUGUGGAAGUGGGCGGAGAGUUUGGCACUCCACAAGCAGAACGUCAUGCAA